AUGUCAGAUAGUGAAUCCGUCAAAAAAAUGUUGCGGUCUGUACUGCAGUCCAACAAGCAAGGUGUGUCUGUAAACCGCCUCCCGUUGGAGUUCUAUUCAUUGUGCGGUGAGAAGAUCCCGCUGAAGAAGCUAGGCUUCUCAACAUUAGAGGACUUCCUCCGGAGCAUCCCAUCCGUGGUCCGUCUGGAGUAUCGGGCGGGUGAGGUGAGGGCUGUGACAGUGUAUGUCCUCAGGUUGAAGGCCAUGGUCUCAGUGUGAUUGUGAUAUGUUUCUGAUUUCUUAAGGACCUUACACACCGGGGCCGACACGAAUAUAGAACGCGAAAGAGUCGGAGGAGAAUUUCGACACACCGGACUAUACACCUAUACACAUCAAGCCUGUUUCGCUUUUGCAACUUUUUUUUUUUUUUUGGGGGGGGGGGGAAGUCCCACCUCCUUUGCCUCUGAUUGGCUAGAAAAGCUGGAAACUUCAUCACACGCUCAAGCCAAACAAUCAGCACUUAUAGCCAAUCAGAGGCGAAGGAGGACGGGACCUUCCCUUAACAACCAGCGUCCCGGGUGGAAGCGAGAGGACAAAAAUGGAGUCUAAUUCAACUUCAAGUGAUGGCAAAUUGGUACUUCUUUUGUUUCCUCAACACGCAAUCUGAUUGGUCAGAAGUGGACACACAGUAUGCGAAACUUAAGAAAAAUCAACCAUGAUCCCAAAAAAAAAAUGCUGCAAUAUCGCAGAACGGGAAAAUGUUGCUGAUGUGAACGCUUGUGCUGACGGGAUACGGGUUCGAAAAAAAAAAAGUUGAUGUCCGAAAUAAUCGCACGAAAGAAACGGUCCCGAUGUGUAAGGACCUUUAUUCUUAAUUCUAGGGCCAGAAUUCUAUUUUUUUUUUUAGUAACACAAUAUAUCUCCUCUGCAGAUGAGAUGCUAUGCUUCAGUGUGUAAAGAGACAGCCCACAUUGCAGAGCUGGUGGCCAGGCAGAGGAGCCCCAAGAAAUCUGGUCGGUCCCAUCUUGUCAAGUGCAAGAUGAAAUACCAGCCCUUCAAUCAGUACAAGCUCAAUGGUAGGACACACUCUUAGCUUUGCAAUAUAACUCCAUAGAUUAUAAACUGGGAAUACCCCUGCAUAGAAGUACAGAGAAGACACUGGGACCUAUGUGCCGACAGGCUGUCAAGUUUGUGCAAGAAAACACUUUUUUGUUUGCUUUGAAAGAAUAAGAGGGAAUGUAGCUAUACUGUGACUUCCAUCACAAAAAGAGAGAGAGGGUGAAGAGGUGACUCUUGUAUUGGCAGGAGGAGCGUUAACAGUUGGGCAGAGCAUAAUACGCAGGGCUGAAUUAACAGCAUGAGCUCAUCAUGAACCGGCAUUACAGUCUCCAACAGUUUGAUCAGGAUCAAAUUGGGUGAAAUUUACACCAUACUGAGUGACAGCAGGGAUGAAGAAAUUGCUGAUUGAUUGCUGAUUUUCAUAAAUCAAUAUAUUUAUAACAAACCAAACAUAGCUUGUCGUAGAUUUUUGUAGCUACACAUACAUAGCUAUUAGGGCUGUUGCGAUUCGCCUAUUCCACGAUUCGAUUCAACUUUCUAUUCUAAGGUCACGAUUCGAUUCUCGAUUCGAUAUGACUUUUUUUUACCUCCUUUUUUCAGCAUUGUGAGCUGUACGACCAUUAAUUAGGCCACUGUCUUGAUUUGUACAGAAAAACACUUUUUCUCAAUCAGUCACUUUAAUGACAAAUGAGAAGAAUUCAAUGUUUAACAUAAACAAACAUUAUAAAAUAAAUUAUAAACUUAGGGUUUUAUGCCCUAACAACUUCCAUUUUCAAAUUCUUCUUUAAGAAGAUGUAACAGUUAGUUUUCAGGUAACAAUCAAUCAACCAAUAAUGUUGAACAACAUGUAAGAGAAAAGGACCAACAAACAAUGUUAUUUGGCUACAUUUGGCUCAAAUUCAAAUUCUUCCACAGUGAGUCCACUAGACCACUACUGUAUUAUUCACAUUAUUCUAACAGAGAGCUUUCCUUUUACAAACAUGAAAUGUGAAUAAUGCCAAAGCCAUUACAUUCAUUCAAGCUCUAUAUCUAUGUGCAAAUUCUUCUUAAGGAAGAUGAGCUUGUUCACAUUUUCUGGAGAGAGGCAACUCCUCUCAGCUGUCAUAAGGUCCCCUGCUGUUCAUCAUCACAGCAAGUGCGCUGUUUAUUUCCUUAGCGCGAGCCGAAUUUGGUGCAAACUUUUCUUUUUUCUUAAUGGCGUCUUUGAUUGAGGGCUGCGUCGGGUUUUGUGGUUCUUUCACAUCUUUGUGGUGACAGCUGAGAUGCUGUGCCAUAUUCGUUGUGUUGCUUGUGGAGGGAUACGGCACUCGCAUAUAGCGGAGUCGACAAACAGUAUGCGUCUUACUUACGACCCGUCGAGAGCCCUCACUCUCAUAAUGUACAGGGAAGCCAAAAUAUUUCCACACUUUAGACCUGUAUGAAGCGGGAGGGUUUUCCAGCUCUUCUCUGGGGACAGGCCCAUCCUCGGUGUCGUUGUUUACAGACACAGUGGCCAUGGUGAAUUGAAUUCGCUGUGUAUCGCUCUGUAAUAUAUAUCUGCGGCGACGUUCUGUUCGCUUUCGCGCUCAUUCAUUUCUGUUGUUACUCGAAUCGCCUCUCCUUUUUUCUCUCUCCCAUGUCGGAAGCACGCAUGCGUCAAAGCAGGGUGUAGUGAGACAGUGGGAGCCCUAACGCAAAUACUCCCCUCCCAUUGGACACAUAACUCAUGUGACUCGUUCUCGUCCAAUGGGACAGGAGUGUUGGUUUGGGAUCUGACUGUCUGAUGAUAGCCUAGCCACGGCCAGCAGCCACACACACCCAUAACAAAACCGCAUGGCUCGGAGCCUCGGACGUGCGCGGAAGUGCAUCGCGACUCACGUUGUGAUUUCGAUACGUUGAAUCGAACGUCUAUUACGAGUCAUUUCGAUUAAAAUCGUGAAUCGCAACAGGCCUAAUAGCUAUAAUAUUAACAUAAAACAAUAGAGGGAAAUGAUUUGAUUGGUAAAUAACCUGAAAUGUCUUUUAGAAGUGUUAGCUUGAAUUUACAGAGGUUUCCCUCUCUUUCACUUCCGUUGCUUGGAGUUGACAUACAUGUUUAUGAUUUUACUGUUGGAUUAAAACAUGUAUCUACAUUUCAUAGUGCAGCGUUGAAGCGUUGUUUUGCUGGUUAGGGUAGAUUUGGCAUGCAAGGCUAUUUCAUUAGUCCAAAAGUGUUGUUUUGGUUGAAAGUUCAUGUUCACAAAAUAAAAGAAAUCCAUAAAAAGGUAUCAGGUUUUUUUGUUUUGUUUUCUCCUUUAUCAUAAAUCUGAAGUAAUAUUUCAAGUACAGAAUAAGUGAAAGGAUGAGUUCUUAUCAUCAUCACCACUGAAAGCAUUCUCUGUAUCUCAGCUCUGAUUUUCAGCUUUGACUUCACUUUGCUCUCCCUAUUCUGUGAUUUCAGCUAGACCAAGGUCCUCUCUCCGCCAGCCCUCAUCUAGAGGUGCCUCGAACCGGUCAGCGAGUCAUUAUCAACUCCAUGCCAGCAGUCUUUCAGGAGACUUCAGGUGGAAAAAAAACAUCCCAAUUUGAAGUAGUUGAAGUUGAAGAAAUAAUGUACAGUAGAUAUUGACACAACUUUAUCAUCAUCUAUGAAAUAAAAAGCAAAGCAACCUUACAGCUUGCUCUUUUUCUGUAACUAAACAGAAUUUAUUGAUAUGUCUUUUUUUUGUUAAAGUUUAUAAACAAAAGUUUUGUCUUUCCCUCAAAAACUAGAAAGUUUGACCCAAAAUUGAGAUCCAGCACUCCUGUUGAUCACAGACCACCAACUCCCAAAAGAGCGCUACAACCUGCUGAGAAGCAGCGUGUCGUUCCUGAAAGGUAAACACACAAAUCCUGACAAAUCAUAUGCAGUUUAAGGGCGUGUUCACACCACUCUCGUUUAGUCCGGUUGAACCGAACCCUGGAGCGUUUACCCCCUUGGUGCGGCUCGUUUGUGUCGGUGUGACCUCGAACUCUGGUGCGGACCAAAUAAACUAACUCUGGUCCGCCUGAAGAGGUGGCCUCGGACCGCUAUCAAGUGAACUCUGGAGCGGUUCAUUUCUGGUGUGAACGUCAUCCACACCAAUCACAGGAAACGCACCACACAUAUAUUAAAAACAUUACAUCUAGGCUAUUUGUAAUGCUGGUUGUGAAAUAAAUGUUGCCCGCUCACCUCACUUGUCCUGAUUGACACCAGAGAAAAAACGCAUCGUGGUAGGCUCUCAUUAUUGCCUGUCGCUGUCUCGUCUUUAUCCGUCUGUUGUUUUGCAGCACGUCUACUCCAGAAUGUAUUAAUUAAUGCCGUAGUUCACUGGCUAAUGAGCCGUUCAUACACGCGAUCGACUAGCGUCUUUUGAUACGUGCUCCAGACGAGUAGCAAAAGCAAAAUCAGCCUACGAUGCUCCAUGACACGCGAAGACAGCAGAGCGGGGUUUGUAUUCCCGCAUAAACUAAUGACCAAUAACCGAACGAUAUUCAUGGUCACGUGACUUCUGGUUCCGUUUUCUGGAGUGGUUGAGUUUGUCCUUUGUGAACGCAAACCAGACCAGUUAAACAAUCAAAACAAAUGUAUCGUCUUGCCUUGGAUUCGAAUCAGGAAACGGACCUUUAGGCGUGAACACGACCUAAGAUACUUAGAAUAGCAAUGCAAAAUCUGAGUCACACAGAUUACGUGUUCAUUUGAGGGAGUCACACACAAACAUGAAUAAACAAAUAUAGAUACAACCGCAAAAUACAAUCAUAGUUUACAUUUUUGAACUAAUGUGAGCUUUCUAGAGCGCAGUAAAAUGAGCAUAGCUUUCAUGAAAAAGUAUGUGAAAAGCAGCAAUCACUGUUAAAAGUAGAGAACAGACCAAUAAGAUGAACUUGUUUUGUCUUGGUUUAUGGAUUUGCAUCAGAAUGUUCCCAAUAGACAGUUUGUUGAAGACAAGCAUAAUAUUAUGUACUCCAGGCCAGAGAAAUCACAUGUUGUGUUUCCAACAGGCAAGAAAAUAAGAUCUUUGCAGGAUGCCAGAAGACUAAAGGUACGAGGACUCGGCUCCUGUCUUUCUUUGAUGUAUUGGCAGAACCUGGAUUGAUAUUUAUUCUUGAAUUUUGACAUUGUUGAAAUGUUUUCUAAAUUAUUUGACCCUCUUCUUUCUCUGUCAUUUUUACUCUUACUCAUAACAUGAUAUAAAAACACAAGAUAAAGCAGCUCUUUUUGUUUAAAAAAAAUCCUGAUUCUGGCUGCAAAGAGCCUUGUCCUAAUUUUUUAAAAUUAUAUUUACAUGAUUCCACAUGUUUGUUUAGGUUGACACUUAUUUAAGAGGCAUUUGGAAUAGUUAAAAUAUGUUUAGACAAUUUAAAUGGACAGACUAGUUAUAUGUCUGCUAGUUUAAGCAGGGAUCCCACAGUAUCACAAUAAAAAUGUUCAGUGCUCUCUAAGUAUUAAUGUAUAGUUAGCCAGAUUUAAAGAUGAGUUCAUUGAUUUAUAGAAUUAUUUAUGUAGUUUGGAAAAUCAUCUUUCAGUUCCUGCAGUUGGUAGCACUUCUAUGGCAGUAGUAUUCUUACAGCACAAUUAUAAGGUUCUCUUUCUUUGAACAUUUUCUGUUUGAUCACUUUGAGUUGGAUUAGUGUCUCUUCAGUUCAGCUCCUUGUGUGUUUUUUUCCACUAUGUUAGAAAACGUGCUUGCAAAGUAAUGUGUCUUCUCAGAUUGUUGGUUGGAAGACUUGGAGGGAGCCAGAAGAAUGAGCAGGCUAUCCCAAGGUUGUCAAAGGGAUUUGACCAAUCAAAAUCAAGUAUUUAGCACAGCCGGAUAAUUAGUACAAAUACAUGUUAGAGAAAAUAAACACAAGUUGCUCAAUUAGAAAUAUAAUAAGAGGAGAAUGGGUAAGUUAUGCUGUCCUGUUUAGUGCAGGAGAUCACUGCCACAUUUUCUCACAUUUGAACUGUUUUUUUGUUUUUUUUUCACAGCUGAACCUCCUAAAAACGUCUUAAGAGCCGACCAAUCCCAGGUAUGAGGUUUGUCUGUAUUUGCAUAAUCAUUUCUCAUUGAGGAGUCCUUCCGAAAAGCUAUAGUCCCUCAGUCGUAAAAGCGCAGGGACAAACUUGUCCACACUAUUAUGUGUAAUCUCUCCCUGUAGUCCAGUCAGUGUGACGUGGAGCUGGUGCAGAGCAGGAUGACUCAGCUCCUGGAGAAAUACUGCAGCGGUGUGUGGAUGUCGAAGCUUUCAGGACUCUACAGUGAAAUGUUUGGUCAGGAGCUCCACCCUCAGGUCCUCAGCAAUCUGGAGAAGUGGACACACAUCUGCAUGGUGAGUCUAUACGCUCUAUUUCUACAUGAGAAAAUUAGCAUUGCCCUGAUCAAAACAUUAAAAUAGGAAGCUGAAGCUAUAUGAUGGUAAAUCUGAUUCAGGCACAUCUGGCUUUCUGGGGAGAGUAUUGCAGUAUUACUAAUAAAAUACAGCAGUUGUUAAGAGUUUUAAUUUAUUAAGUAGCAGAACUUUUUUUUGAUUAAAAUCCACUUGUGACUGUAAGUGCAGAUUUUUGCAUUAGACUGGCAUGUACCAACAUCUUACGGGGAAUUGAAAGGAGUGAAAAUGAUGUGCUUUUUUUUCCUUCAUAGGUGGAAAAAUCUUCCAACCCCUUGAGAGUGGAUCACCUCAUCUACCCUCCUCUUCCACCAAAGCCUUCAACUUUCUUUCUACAUAGCACAACCACCAUCCCUCUAACAUCCUCGACCAAUUACAGCACUGUCACCAAACCUAUUUCAUCUAGUCCAUCAACUCCAGAACAACUCUCCCCUGCCCCCCACGUAUCCCCCAUUCCCAGGCCGAGAUUUCAAAACCCUGUGGCUAAGCCCACUUUUGUUUUUCCCUCCCAACCUGUUGCAGGCUCUCCAGCCACACCGCCUUUAGUCACACUGCGCAGCCCUGCCCACAACCCAGCUCUCGCUCCCCGGCUGCUCCCUUGUGCCAGCCUGGCUGUUAAUACAGCUACAACUACUACAGCUACCCUCAACCACAACAGUAACACUCCACCAAUUGCCCAGACCUGGACUUGCCCUCCCCUUUCCCCAAACCAAAUCCCUGGCCCUGACGUUUUACCACUGUUGAAGGUUACCUUCUCCCCGUCCUCAGAUCUAACCCCUUGUCCUCCCUCACAAAUGUCCUCCCCUGGUUUGUCACCUGAUGUUCGUCAAAAAUUAAAGGAGCUUCUGUCUAAGUACAGUCAUGGUGUUUGGGCCCAUGGUUUGCCCCAACUCUUCAUGGAUACUUUCAAAACGCCAUUCCCUGCCCACGUCCUCCAAAACCUGUCUCUUUUGCUGGAUAUAUGUGAUGUGGAGUAUCCUGUGCCAGGUGACAGGACAAAGGUAUGUAAAUGUGACAGUGUAGCAUGUGUCAAAUCAAGUCAUCCAAAAUGAGGCAUUUUCUGGUGCUGAUAUGAAAGUGUAACAGCACCAGGAAAUGUAACUACGUGUAUAACUUAGCCCUGAGUCAGGUGUCCUCAAAAGUGCAUUUAAUAUGGUAGCAGUCAGCUGUCAAUGUCUUACUACAUCAGGUUGGUACUUUUCAAUCACCAUAGCCAUCCAUAGAUUGUAUAAAACAAGGGCAUAGUCUCAGUCAUGUCACUCAGUGUUUCCUGUGUAGGGGCUGUAAAGCCUGAUAUUUACAGGCACUAUGGUGAAAUGUUAAAUUAACCUUACUUUGAAUCAAUUGAAAACCAGGCAAAGAGGUGGAGCUGAGGCAAGCUUUAAAGACUAAAACAUACAAGAUGCGUGUUUGGAGCGUGGCAGCAGCGUCGUGUAUCACGCAGCAAAUAGGUUGCCAUUCUUAUCAAUGCAGCAGAGCAUACAGGACGCGUAUCAGCUCCGUUGCAGCAUCGUAUCGAGAGCAGCACUGCUUAAGAUACGCGUCGUCUAUUUUUGCUGCUCUACGCUUCCAAUGCGCAUCAAUCCACACAGAGAAGAUCGUUCCAGACAGGAAGUCAAGCACGAAAACCGCGCAUGUCAUACGGUAUUUCAAAAUAAAACACCAUAUGCGAACUUCCGACUGUGUAUCAGUUCGUGUAGAUGAGAAAUUCUUCCUGGUUACAGAUUUAUCAGUAACAGAACAAUCCGAUGGUCAGUCCUUGAUCCAUGUGGACCCCAACAGGACUUUGAACUGCUGUCUAAAGCAGUGGUUCUCAACUGGUCUCACUUUGGGACCCACAUUUCCUCAUGGUCCUUAAGUCGUGACCCACUUGUAUAAAAUUGAAACCACGCAAAUGUAUAAAAAAAAAAAAAAGCUUUGAAGGCUCUAAUCUUUGACAUAAAUACACCCAUUUUAUUGAGUAAAGUGCAUUUCAGAGCACAUGAACUGAGGACGACAACUACUAAAGUUGCAUAUACAGAGAAUAACUAUCAAAUUGCACAAAAUAAAGACAAAAAAUUUUUACCAUUCAGGCCAUAUUAGUAAGAAACCGAGGAGGACCACGAUAUAAUGUGUGCCUUUCAAAAUAAAAGACAUGUCAAACAUCAGAUGUGCAUGAAAUGUGUACUUUUUUGACCAGCUGUUCACGACCCAUCCAGAACAUGUCCGCGACCCACUUUUGGAUCGGGUCCCACCAGUUGAGAACCACUGGUCUGAAGGUAACAGCACAGCAUAAAGGAACAUCGUUUACUUUAUUAAACACGUGUAAACCUGCAAAAACCCAAACUGUAAAAUCACGUUGCUUUUUCACAUGUAGUAGAGGCCCAACGUCACUAAAUUAUAUCCAAAUUAGCAGGAAAUAGACCACAGAAAGGCAAAACAACCUGUUGUGAGCAUGUUGUCUCCUCUAUAUUGCAUUACGCUGCUGCCACGCUCCAAAUACGCAUCCUGUAUGCGAUACCCAGGGCUGCUCUACGGAGCAAAUACAGAAUGAGCUCAAUACGGAUCCUGUAUGUUUUCGGCUUAAGGCUUCUUGCCAACAGCUACAGUGCAUCCACCUGCUUUUCAACACAUCUGCACCCCUGCCUGUGAAGAUAUACAUUAACCAGUCAUCACACUUUGAACACCUGGGAUUUCAAUUCCAGUGAAAUCCAGCUGGGUUUUAUAGGAUUGCCCAGGUAUCUGUGAAGUUAGGAGUGUUCAGUGUAUUUUAGAAAACACUGUAUGCAUAAAACCCAAAGCCAUUCUUGAACCAGGCUGUAAACAUGUUAAACCACACUGUAAAGCUGGACAUUUUCAACAUAGGUGGUCUUGGUAAAUUUCUUUGCUUUUGCAGUCCUAAAUGGACUCAUCAACAUUUGCUUCAUUUAUCAACACUGCAGCAAAGCAAAAUAAACAUUUGAGAAUAAAGAUCCAUCAUAGCUUCCUAAGUUUGUUUAUCACUGUGAAGAGCUGUACUGAAUAUUAGUAGGUUUGCAACUGUCACAGGUGCAUAGACUCUGCAGCCUUCAUUACACAAGCACUCCCUGUGGUGUUAAAGCUGAGUUUUGGUAUCCUUUUGUUUUGCUCUCAUUGUGCUUUCCUGUUGCCAGGCCAUCUUGUACAACUCCAUUCAAACAGAAGAAGACGACAAAGACAAACCAGGAAGCCAACAGGACAGGAGCUGCAUUCUCCCCUCUGGUCUGGAGGUCAUAAGUCCUGUAGUACCUUCCUGCCUGGUCCCUCCUGUGCAGCAGUAUCCCUCUGUGUUGGUUACUGAUGCCACUAGCAGCAAUGCUGUCACGAUAAGGCAAGAAACACGUAUUUUCAUAUACAGAUGCCAGUAAUACAUGUUGAAACAAAGAAAACUUCAGUGUCAGUGUACCCAGGACAGGAGACAGCCUAAUCUGCCAAUGAAGUUACUCUGGACUGAUUCUAGUGAUAUAAAAAUGAAGAAUUAGAAUAACUUUAUUUUAUCUCCAAAGGGAAAUUCAAUUUUUCCUUUUAUGACACAAAAGGAAAGUUUGCUCCUUUUAAGCUGAAAAAAAAAAAAAAAAAUUUACUUUGUCUCCUCAUUUGAUUUACCUCUAGCAACUUGAAGCCCCAGGUCACACACACACUCAUGUUUUUGUGUCUUUUUAAGUACAGCAGCCCAAGUUUGAAGAUGUCUAUGCCCAGAUUUCAAAGUGUUUCUCUUUCUUUUCAGGUAUGUAGGUGAGAACUACUCCGAUGCCCAAGAGGCUAUGGAAGUGACAAUGCACUCCUUCUACACAAGCACCACCCAACAUCCUGUGAAUCGCCCUGUGGUCGGUCAGCUGGUGGCUGUCAAAGGAGAGGAUGGAGAGGAGCUUGCCAGAGCUCAGGUCAUGGAUGUGACAGACCCCAGCAAGAUCAAGGUAUCUUGUAAUGUGAGAAGAUAGUUGUUUGUGGUGUAGAUUUCUGAGAGGAUUGAGAGUUCUGUUUUUGAUAUUGCUGAGCCUCAGAAUGGGUGUGUGUUUCUGCAGCAGAUAGCUGUCUCCCUGUCUGUGUCUGCUUGUCAGGUGUACUAUGUAGACUAUGGUUUCUAUGUGGAAACCAGUCAAACCAACUUGCUGGAGCUGCACCAGGACUUCCUCUCCCUGCCAUUCCAGGCUACUAAUGUUGAACUUGCAGGUGCGCAGAAGACUAAGGCAUCAUUUCAGGGAUUGCUUUUGUGUAACAGUUUGAUGUGGACAGUACAGGCCAGAGAUCACUCAAGUUCUUCCUCUCUCUCCUCCCUCCUCAUGCCAUUCUUUAUUCACCUCUCUCAGGUCUAGAGGUUUUUAGUACCCAUCCACAGGUACUGUCCUGCCUGGACAAGUUAGCAGUUGGAAAAAUUCUACUGAUGGAAACACUGGAGCAGUCUAAUAAGAAGGAGACGCCCAUGGCAGUGCUGUACGACACUUCACAGGAUGAGGACGUCAACAUCAACUCUGCUUGUUUCAAGGCUCUGCAGGACAUGUCCAUGAACAACCCCUUGAGAGUAAGCAUGGUGGUGCUGACAACAUCUAUUUUGUGAACAUAAGGCCAGGUAAAAGCCUGACUGAGUUUCUCAAAAGUUGAACAUCUCUCAACAUCACAGAUUAGUUCUACCUGUGAGUGGUGAUGUUCUAGCUAUCCCAUGUUGGUCUGUCUUUUUGGUGAAAUUUCUGGCUGGAGUUGAACCAGCCUCCAUGAUGGUGAGGUCCUCAUUUUCAUCAUUUUAUCUCUAUGCAACAUCAGUCUCUGUGUUACUUGCAGGUAAAUGUUGUUUAUAAGGACGCGUGUGUCACAAACGUGUGCGCAAAUGGGAUCAUUCAUUGCCAGUUCCCCUGCAGGGGAAGUGCAAGACUCGAGAAGUUACUGGAAAGAACAGAGGCCAUCCUCAAGUCUCAGGUAGAUGAGUCAUAGAUGAAGAAAUGAGUUUGUGUCAUUACUCUUAAAAUGGUCCACUGAGGGUGUAAAAGCAGCACAUUUGCAUGUUACUGGGCUUUUUGACUAAGACAGUCUGUCCUCCUGUAACAGUGAAGGAGUUUGGAGAUACUUCUGGAUCACCAGACUUCAAAAACUACAAAAGUUUACCAACAUAAAGCACUUUUUAAAGGUUUAGUUUGAAGUGUUUUAUAUAACAGUCUUGUAAUUUAAGAUUUUAAGUGCCAAUCCAAUAACAAUCAAGGCACAGGUGUCACAUGUGUUAAAAUGUGACAGAACUAACUAGAAGUGAGUGUCUGAAAAUUUAGAACAGGACGAAACCAAAAUUGGAUCACAGACCAUAGACUCUAUAUACUAUGGACAACUUGGUUCCGCCUACUGCCUGUUUACAGAUUUGAAGCCAAAAAGCUCUCGGCAUUUCUGGGAUUUUUCUUCAUUUCCUGAAACCAGUGCUGCGCAGUAGCGAUGCGCACAUUCGGGCGCGCAGUCGCCGAGAGUCGCUGUGAUGACGCUCAGCUCAAACAGCGUAUCCCCCCGGGUGAGCUACGCAAUCCCUGAACGCCAAUAGGUUGUAUCAGGUGUCAAUCAAAGAAAACUUGAACCCCCUAAUAAAAACAGAGUUUCACUGAGAAAAGAAGACUUGAGCACAAACCAGUCUUACUUUAACUACAUGUCAACAUCACAAGCAGGGGGGAGAAACAUUUAUAUUCUGUGUAAUGAAUUUCUAAAGUUUGUCCACAGCUCCAUAAGCUUUGCUGGUGGAGGCGGGAUUUAUGACCUAAACUGCAGCCCAUCAACAGAGGGUGCUGUUCUCGUAGUGGCUUCACCCAGAGAGGAGGCAGACUCUGUCCAUUCUAUAUACAGUCUUUGUCACAGACACACACUUUUAAGCAUUUGCAGUCACUGUCACCCUAAACCAUGAUUUUAAAACUGUUAACCUGGCUUAGGUUUGCGUACAUUAUUUUAUAGUAAAAUUUAAUCUGAGAAUCUUAACUGGUACAUGCAAAGCUAAAUUUCAUAUUUUGAUUUCCAAAGCACAUUUUUCUUGGGCCUAUAAUUGUGUGUGAUGUGGUGUAUCUUGAUUAAAAUCAGAAUUUAUUGUUGUAAGAUGGUAUGAGAUGUUUUCUGUUAAGGAAUCCAGAUGCCUCUGUAAUUAAAUAUCUGCAACAGUGUGCAGGUACCCCCACCUUAUGUUUGGAUUCAUCGAUGCCUUAUAGCCUUAAGAGUAGUGAGUAAACUUGGCAAGUUUUUCCCAUCCCCCACCAUAGACUGUAAAUACCAUGGACAACUUCAUUCCACCUUCCGUCAUUAUAAAAAUUUGAAGCUGAAUUGCUCUCGGUAUUUCCGGGAUUUUCUCAACCACUUGCGCAGUAGCAUUGUAUGCAUUCUGCGGGAGACUCGCUGUGAUGGCGCUCGGCUCAAACAGCGUAUCCCCCGGGUGAGCUACGCAAUCUUCUUACGCCCAUAGGCUGUAUCAAGUGUUCAUCAUAGAAAAUAUGAACGCCCUAAUAACUUUUAAAAACUGAGCUGCACAGAAAAAAGAGGACUUGGGCACAAACCAGUCUUACUGUAACUAAAUGUCAACAUCACAAAAAUUUAAAUUCUGUGUAAUACAUUUCCAAAGUUUGUCCACAGCUCCAUAGGGAUUGCUGGUGGAGGCAGGAUUUACGACCUAUACUGCAGCCCGUCACCAGAGGGUGCUGUUCUCACGUGGGCUUCACCCAGCGAUGGCAUUUAUUCUAUAUGCAGUCUUUGUCCCCCACUAGAUAGAUACCCCUAUGAGCCAACUCCUACGGUCUUGAUGGGUUCUGUCUAGCCGUGAACUAGUCACUGGUUGUUGACUUUGACCCCUUCCUACUUCAGUCUCCGACUAGUUUUAAUCCAGUGUUUACAGACAAGUGUUGUUUUUAAUUUAUGCACCUUCUUUGAGCCUUUGCUGCCAAAGUUUCUUCUCUCUGUAAAGUCUGCUUGUUUGAUUAUGCUACUCUUUUACCUUCUGGUUAUAAUGUGGUUAUACUAAAGAUAUCUUGAUAUUUUGAAUCCCACCAGACAACAUCUGAGCUGCUGGUGUCUAGACCCUUUCAUGGCAAGCCCUGCUUAGCCCGGUACAAAGAAAAGUGGUCUAGGGCCGAGGUAAGAUGAGAAACAUUACAAUGUGUUUAAAUUGAAGAAGAUGAUCAUUUUAAAAACGUAUCGACUACUCUGCCACAAAAACUACCACAGUUUCAUCUUAUUUGAAAAAGUUUCAGGUCAUAUUUUUUGGCCUCUUGUUUUCAGAUCACCAUCAUGUACGGAAACGGAGUGAUGGACAUUCUGUUCACAGACUUGGGAGUAUCAGCAACUGUGAAGGUCACUGACCUCCGAGAGAUCCCCCCUGUGGUCCUGAAGGCCUUAAUCAUCAUCCCUCCACAGGUCUGUAUGGGCAUAGGUAAAGGUGGGAAAAAGUCAUCAGGUUUUAACAUUUAAUCCGUCUUUUGAAUGGAGAAUAUUCUUUGCUCUAUUUAUAGGUUCACGUUCCUAUCUGAAUUGUUCAGAAAUACUUGCCUUAUCUACUUUCAGGUUGUCAAAUGUCGUCUGGCUGGGUUCCCAGUUCCAAAUGGAGACUGGAAAUGGGAGGCUAUACGGUGGCUGAGGGAAGUCACUGAAGACUGUGAUAUUCGGGUAGGAGAUUUAUCAUAAUCAAACAAACGCUGAACAUAUUUAGAAAUUCAGCUUCAUUCAGACACGUUCCUGGUUUGUCAUAAUGAUUACUCCUGGAGGGCAGGCAUACGCCAAAGCUAACAGGAAGCUUAUGAAGGUAUAUUUGCACCCCUGCCUCUUUUUAAAAUCAAUAACAAACCAACCAUGUGGCAAAUGACAGAAUGAUCAUCUACAUCACUGCUACGCUGAAAAGUCUCCAAAGUAAAUAUGAAGUAAAUGCCUACCCUGUGCUGAAGGACACUUUCCUUUGUCCUAUUAGCACAAACAGGAUUCUGAAACGGUUAGCUUAAUUGCCCUGGUCUUUAGAUCCAUCCCAGUUGAAAAUAUAAUCCACUGACCCUGGUGUGUAUGAUGCAGGAUAAAGUCUUAAUGUACAGAAUUAUGCCGAGUAGACAAGCCUUUGUAAAACAACCAUGUCCAAUUCCUUUUUUUCAAUUUCAGAUUUUGAAGUUAGACCAGCAGAAAGAGAACCUGCUGGCUUACGUGUACCUCUUCUCCGGCACUGAGAGUCAUGAGCCGGACAAGAGCAUCAAUCAUCAGCUCAUCCAUUCAGAGUUAUGGCAGAAAUACACAACGGAAAACACCAACACAAUCCCCAGCAGUGACAGCCCGCCAGUUUUAGGUAAAACUGCACUCAAGCAUUAAAGUUCUCCCGUCAUUGGGUUAAGAGCAUGUACACACAACACUCCUCUCUACAGGAAAUCCUUUGGAAAGUGACAGAAAAAGACUCUUAGAUAUGUGGCAUGGUGGGUUGAUGGUCGGAUAUUAUGAUUUAGGGCAGAAAACAUUUUCAGUCUUAAGUUUUUUAUUUUUAUGUUUUUUGUUUUUUUUUGCUUUAAUCCCUGAGCUCAUGGUACAAAGGCUUUGAAGUGUAAGUGUUGACUCAGCUUAUGUACGAGUGUGUUGUACCAUUUAGGUCUCAGUGAUCUCCUGGAGGGUUUGACUCUGAGCGGCGUGGUCCAAAACCAGAUGGUCCAGGCUGCAGCCCAACCUCUUUCCAGAACCUUGGACUUGUCUUUUCCAGAGCCAACCACCCAAACUGGGAUGCACCCUGUUUCAAUGCCUCCUCCGCUGGAGCUUCCCCAGGUGCGCAGACAUAUACCAACCCACAGCUGCUGUUGUCACAUGUUAGGAAAGUAAAUUCCACGUUGACUAAGGGCUUCAAAUGGUCACACAAAAAGCGAUAAUUCAUUUGUAGAUGGUCCUAAGAAAAAGACAAUACAGUGGUCUUUAUAACAACUCAGAGGGCCUUCAAAAGCAGAGCAAUACAGUGUUUAUAUUUGUGUUGUUGUUCUUGUUCUCCUCCAUGUCUUCUUUCAGCCUGGUCAGAAUAUGGAUGUGUUUGUGCCAGUGGCCUGCCACCCUGGUUACUUUGUGCUGCAGCCAUGGCAGGAUCUCCAUAAGCUGGUUGUGUUGAUGGGGGAGAUGAUCCUCUAUUACAACCAGAUGUGGCAGAGCAACACCCCAGUGCACAUUGAGAAAGGAGAGGUCUAUGCCGCAAAAGUAGACAAGAAGUAUGUGACUCAUUUGUUGACACCUCACAACAAAACGCAUAUCAGUCCUCCUAAAGUAUGUUUUUAUUGUCAAUCUUUCUGUAAACAAUGACCAUGGCAAGUGAGAACAUCACAUAAGAAGUUCAGUUGUCUAGCUUUUAAUGGGUGUUUUCCACUUCUCAGCUGGCACCGUGUUCUGGUCAAGGGGAUUCUGACAAACGGGUUGGUUUCUGUCUACGAGUUGGACUAUGGCAAACAUGAGCUGGUCCGUAACACUCUCAUUCAACCACUGAUUGAAGAAUUCAGACAGCUGCCUUUUCAGGCCAUCACAGCUCAGCUGGCAGGCAAGUUAAAGCACAAGUGUCUGACUGCAGCCCUCAUGGUUUAUAUGCAUUAAAUCAAACAAAACAUUUUUAUUUAUUUAAAUUAAGAAAGAGAGGUGAAGUUUCACACUUUAAAGUUUGUCCUUAUAAAACAAAAUCCUUAUUGAUUUCUUCAUAUUUGACAUGCUGGUACUACAUUGGUUUGAUUCUCAUUCCUCUGUAUUUUUCAUUCAUAUAAAGGGGGUGUUAUGAAGUGGAGCUUUAAAUAAUGACAAAACGUGUCUCCUUUGUACUGUACUGCCUUGCCCUCAUUCUUUAAUGUUGACAAAUGAAAAUCGCAAAACACGGACAUCAUUACCAUCCUUGACUUCUGUGCAAUCAAGUUCCAUACCAACAACGAAACCAUAUUUCCUGUGAUUUCAAUUUAAAGGUGGGGUAGGCAGGAUUCUGUUCAAGAAGCAUCUUUUUUGUGGUGUUUAUACAAAAAAGCUUUUAAUAUCAGUCAAUCGCUAUUAUUUAUUGAUGACAUUUGGUAAUAUCCCGAUAUUGCUGUGUUUUGUUAUGCCUGUGUAGUCAACAUUUUAAAUUUUUCGAGCGUCCCGCUCUUUCUGACCGUAAACAAAGCCAUUCUCCGCCUCCCCCAACCUGAUUGGUUGUAAGGCAGACACUGCUCCCCCGUGUUGUGAGGCACGCUCCAUGUUUCUAAAAAAGUUCACGAGCCCAAACAAAGUUAGCGUGCUACAGUAUCCGACAGUAGAAAGCAACCAGAAAGUUAGGGACUGCAAUGGAGUUUCACAGCCCAAGGAAGAACAUUUCUGAUCAUUUCUUCAGCAUUUCCUUGAAGUAAUAAUCAUCAUAUUAAUAAUUUUGCACUGCAGACGCGGUAGUUCUUCUGCCUUAGUGUCUCAGGUUGAUUGCAUCUCCAUGAAGAAAUUAACAUAAAUGUUCUUCUUUGAGCUGCGAAACUCCACAGCAGUCCCUAAUGGACUGGCCUGAGGUCUCGCUACAAACAAGUGGCUGCUGGAAGAGAGUAGGUGAGUUGUGUUUAGUCGCUUUGGUAAAGAAACCAGGCAAAGCUAGAAAGAUGUACGGUGGCUAGUACUAUGGCUGGGACCCUGGAUGUACUGUUAGUGAAGUUAGGUGCUGUUCUGAGCAUUAUUUGUGGGUGAGCAUGUGGCUCCUGAGACCACUGUGUAUUGCUAACUAGAGAAGCAAGCGGUCGGGAGCAUUUAUCUCUUGAGGGGGUGUCUAACUUAGUGUUACGGCGUGUUUGACCCUACAUUAAUUUUACGCCGGAAUAUCCCUUUAACUCAGUGCAAUAUUUCACACUAUUCUUUAGUUAUGUUCAAUAAACUGUUCACAGGAGGGGGUCUUACAGACUAGAAAUUGACAGAUUUGUUUGACAACAAAAAGCAUCAUUCUUGGUUACUUAAAGAGGUGGCGCUCUGGUCAUCAGUGUGAUAACUAAUGCCUCCUCCUGUUGCUCCUGCAGGUUUGACACAGACCCGGUGGUCGGAGGAGGCCUCAAUGUUAUUCCGGAAUCACGUGGAGCAUCGUGCACUAGUGGCCCAGGUUGAGAGUGUGCAGGAUGUCUCAGAGGUUAAAGGUCAGCUUUGGGAGCGCAAGUUAACAGUUUAUCUGGUCGACACCACAUUGGAGGAAAGGGACAUCUGGAUUCAUAGCGUCAUGGCUGACCUCAGCGGUGAGCUGACCAGAGCAGCUUAA